CAAGACUCCCUAACCGGAAGAACAAAGAACUUUUCAUAGAACAGAAGAUUGAGUUAUUGAUCCAUAGAAGUUCACCCACAAGACGAACGAAGCAAUUGCUAAUGCCCAUGAUCUUGCAUUGACUGGAGGGCAUGCCUAGAUUACACCAUCCACCUUUCCGUCUCUCUCAUCACCGACCCAACCAAAAUCUUCAACCAAGCAAUCGCCAAUGCCACCUCCGGUAAAGCUGCAACCCAAUAUGUAGAAAGGGUUUGCAAUCAUGCUCUCAAAAAGCUCAAUGCUCAAUCUCCACCUUCCGAUCAAGUCCCUCCAAGCACCAUUCUCGUUAAAGUCAAUAGGCUCGCCCAAAUUGGAGUUUCGCUUAAGGAAGUUGGGAUUGCUUCUGCCAAGGUUAAGUCUAAGGUGGGGAAGCUGCGAGGUAAAAGAGAGGAAGAAGGUCGAACGUGCCACUGGACAUGAAGAGUCAGGGGUGGGGAAAGCUGUUAUUGUUGUUGAAGGUUGGCUCAGAGAAAUGUUCUUGGAGAUGUUCCAAGCAAUAUCGCUGAUGUGCGGCUAUUGCAUUGGACAUGGCUAAGAGUAUUUGGUGUAUCAUUUAAAUUUCCUCCACAACAAUUCUAAGCUGAUCCUCACCUUCAUAAAAAAAUAAAAAAAAUUCUAAGCUAAUCCUCGAACUCGUCGUGAUCAGUCCACAUAAACUCAAAUCGCCAAGGUCGGCAAAUAGUACGAUCCUCCCCACAAGAAAGGAGGAGGGCACAAUGAUCAGAUCCAAUCCGAACAAACGAUUUCAAACAACAAUCGGAAAACUUACUCUCCCAAUCUGGCAAAAUAAGAGCCCGAUCUAAACGAGACAAAGACGGAUUAGCCUGUUGACUUGAUCACGUGAAUUUAUAGUCAAGUAAAGGAAGAUCAAGCAGAGCUAGGGGUGGCAGUCGGUCGGUUUCGGUUUAACCGAAACCAAAUUUUCGAUUAACGGUUAGCCGACCACCUCCUCCUGCCAGCCGAUCACCGACCGAGAAAGGGAGCACGGUUAGCCGACCACCGAUCGGUCGGUUACCGAUUUUUGGUUCGGGUAGCCGUGCGACCGAAAAAUUAUGGCAGGUUUGGAUUAAAAACUGGGUAACCGACCCAAUAACAUCGACUGAAGAAGAAGCGGCACUGGCGCCUAUGGCUGUCAGCCGAGAGAAUCAAAGCUUGCGUCAACGGCGAGAAGUGAAGGAGACGAGAGAGAAGAUACAAAAAUUGGGUGGAAAAUGAAAUUGAGAUAGGGAGGAGAUUGGGAACGAAAAAGGGGGAUUUCUGAGUUCAUCGAGCAUCAUCGCCAUCGUUGUAUUCUCCCGAUUGAAUCGUCGCCGAUUCAAUUCCGUUUGCCAAAAUCCAGAGCCAAACUUUUCGCCGGUGGUCGCGGGGUUUGUGGAGAGGUCGUUGGAGGUCGAGGGAGAUGGCGCUCGGCGGGGGAAUUGGGGAACAACCGCCGAACAGGGGAAGGGAGAGGGGCUGAAGGAUUUGGUAUUUUGUAGGGUGGAGGCGGCGGGGUGAGAGGGAGAGGGAGAGAUCGAUGAAGGAGGUUAGGGUUGGGGGUUGGCUGGGUAGUUUGAGAAACGACCUUGUUUUGGUUUAAACGCCGCCGUAUAAACAUUGUUGGGAACUCGAUCGGUUAGCUACGGUUAGUCGGAUAACCGUGGUUAACCGCCUUCGGUUACUCGGCUAACCGCAGCCAAGCUCUCCCUCUCCGAACACCGACCAUCCAUUAUUUGUGUCGGUUUGCGGUUAGCCGCUAACCUGCGGUUCUCGAUCAAACCGUCCGGUUAGCUGCUAACCGGCAACCGAACUGCCACCCCUAAACAGAGCAAAAUCAUUAAUGAAGUCAUUAAACAAUG